AUAUAUAUCUACUAUAUCUACAUCUAGAUCCUAGUAGUACUACUACUAUGUGAAAAACAGAAGUAGUACCACAAAAAGUAAUACUACUACUACUAGUAGUUGUUGUACUUUCAGUACUAGAUAUACUACUACCUAACUACUACCACUUCAUUUUCUCAAGAAAAUUCUAUUUUUCACAUAGUUGUACCUUUAGCUAAUUUAGCUCUAUAAUUAUGUGUACCUCUAUAUUUAUAUUUACUAGUAUGCUCCAGCUCCAGCUCCAGAUGAGUGUGAAAUGGUGAGUGUUGAUCAAUGAGUGUGUAUGUUUUCUAGUAACUCUAGAUCUAGCUCUAGCUCUAGUAGCUCUAGAUCUAGAUCUAGAUCUAGAUCUACAUCUACAUCCUAGUACUAGUACUACUACUAUGUGAAAAACAGAAGUAGUACCAGAAAAAGUUAUGCUUGGUGUAUUGCUUUGUGUAUUGCUUUGUGUAUUGCUUUGUGUAUUGCUUUGUGUAUUGCUUUGUGUAUUGCUUUGUGUAUUGCUUUGUGUAUUGCUUGAUGUAUCAGAGCAAGCUACAGGUGGAGCUGGAGCUGGAGCUCGAGCUAAAGCUCCAGCUAUCUGUACACCCAGCUCUAGCUGGUGAGGCUGUAGCUUAGGCUGUAGCUUAGGUUGUAGCUCUAGCUAAUCAAUUCAAAUUUUAGUAGUACUACUACUAUGGGAAACACAGAAGUAGUAGUACCAGAAAUAGUAAUACUAGUAGUACUAGUCCUUGUACUUUCAGUACUAGAUAUACUACUGGUUAACUACUACUAAUUCUUCAUUUCCUCAGGCUAAUUCUAUUUUUCACAUAGUUGUACCUUUAUCUCCAGUAGCUUAGCUGUAGUAGCUGCAGCCCUAGCUAACACUAGUUGGCUCUAGCUCCAGCUCCAGCUUUAGCUUUAACUCAAGCUCUCACUAUUAAUAGUUUUAAGGUCACACCAAAGUGUUUUGCUACGAACUAAAAAUCAUACGAUCACACGAUUGAUCAUAUGUACGGUAUGGGGAAAAACCUGAAAAAACCUGAAUUGGUCGAACAGUGAGAAAUCACACUGAAAUCACGUGUUAUUUACAUGAAAGUGUGAAAUCUGACUAUGAGACGAUUUUGCGUCAAACACAAUUUCGAUGCUUUGCUCCGAUAUUUCUGAGCUCCGACAUUUCCAAUUGAUUUUGAAUAAUGUGCGUGUUAAUCUCCACAAGGCACAGAAUGAAAAAUUAGAUACGGGUACUAAUUUUUAAUUCCCAAGACACCCCUGGGUCCCCCAAGGGGGAACUCCCCAUGUUAACAUAAUGGAAAACCCAACAUUGGACACAGCCAACUUCGGUUUAGGUGAACUGGGAAACAGUAAAUACUAUUCUACUUUAUUACUGUAUUUUGUACUGUACGAUACAUGACCACUGUACAGCCAAAACACACACAAAAAUAGAAAUCAAAAUUGAUUUUGAUUAAUGUGCGUGUUAAUCUUCAGAAGGCACAGGAUGAAAAAUUAGGUAGAGGUAUGAUUUUUUUAUUCCCAUGACACCUUUGGGUUCCCCCAAGGGGGAACACCCCGUGUUAACAUAAUGGAAAACCCGACAUUGGACACAACCAACUUCUGUUUAGGUGAACCGGGAAAAAGUAAAUACUAUUCUACUUUAUUUCCUUAUUUUGUACUGUACAAUACAUGACUACAUGACAACAGGCAAAAGCUCCAUAUCAGUGACUUGUAUCAGCAUCCUUUGUUUCAGCAAGCCUCCGUAUCAGCAUCUUUCGUAUCAGCAUCUCCGUAUCAGCAAGCCUCCGUAUCAGCAAGCUUCCUCUGUAUCAGCAGUGAGCCUCCGUAUCAGUUAGCAUCCUCCAUAUCAGCAUCUUCUGUAUCAGCAUCUCCGUAUCAGCAAGCGUCCUCCGUAUCAGUGAGCCUCCNCAGUGAGCCUCCGUAUCAGUUAGCAUCCUCCAUAUCAGCAUCUUCUGUAUCAGCAUCUCCGUAUCAGCAAGCGUCCUCCGUAUCAGUGAGCCUCCGUAUCAGUUAGCAUCCUCUGUAUCAGCAUCUCCGUUUCAGCAUCCUCCCUAUCAGCAAGCCUCUGUAUCAGUGAGCGUCCUCUGUAUCAGUGAGCAUCCUCUGUUUCAGUGAGCGUCCUUCGUAUCAGUGAGCGUCUUUCAUAUCAGUGAGCGUCCUCCGUAUAGAAAAGACUGCAGUGAAAACACACACAAUAUUGCAAAUCAAAAUUGAUUUACAAUAUUGUGCGUUUGUACUGGUACGAAAGCCAGAUUUCAUCACUCCGUGCUUUUUGUUAGCAUUUUUAUCAUGAUUUCUGACCAUGGUUCUAAAAAUCUUCUUCACUGACGUCACAAAACGUUUAAAAAAUUCAAUAACGGUUAAAAAUAACUCACUUUCAGCCAGGUUCUGUAGACUUCUACAGGAAAAUAAUUAUUUUUUAACCGGUGUUCAAACUCUGAUGUUGGAACCCAAUAGCACCUUAAAAUUGGCCAAAUAACCCUAACUAUAAAUGUAUAUGUGCUAUGUAUGUACCAUGUACUAUUCCUUACAUAACAGAAUUAAUCAAAUGUAGGGUAUGAUACUAUGAUAUGAUAUGAUAUGAUAUGAUAUGACAUCAAUACAUACCAAUAUGACAUAGUAACAACAUAAUAUGGUGAUGUGCACCAAUGCUGCCUUUAAGCGACACGUGGUUAAAUGCAUAGUAUGGUAACCACUUAGUCGAAUAUAGUACUUACAUAUCUUAUGUGGCGUUGACAGGUGACAAGAAAUGACAGGUGAUAUCAGACGAAGUACGUACUGACCCCUGCUGUGUACAAAGUAGAGCACGGGGUACGCACUUACUUGCACAUGUUAAUAGGCUCCUUACUGCGUGUUAAUACGUGGUUUACAACAGGGGUGAUAAUUUAGAGGGGUGUGCAAUGCGCAUGUUUUUCAGCAUCAGGAUGAAAAAAAAUCCAUUCCAUCUGUGGUACCAAUAAGAAAAUUUUAUCCCCAGGGAUUUUUUUCAAUUUCAUUUUUACUGCAUAAUACUAGUAAAUCUACCCAACCUUCAAGCAGUAACAACAUUAUCAAAAAUCCUACCAUUGAAAUUUUUGAGUACUUUGUACAACUCAGUUUUUCAUGAGGAUUCUGAAUAUGCCAAUAUUUUCAGUGUCAAAUGGAAUGAUAGUGUACCUUUCCACUGUUGAAUAUUAACUAGAUUAUUAGUAGAAAUUACUACUGGGGAAUUAGUGGGAGAAACGGAUGAAGGACAGACAGUUCGAAUUUUUGCUAAGGACUAGACUGGUGGGACUGACUGGACAAAGGACAGAUUAUUUCUACUGUAAAUACAGUACUAGACUGUACUAGCCUGUUACUAUCACCAGCCCUGUGUCAGCACCUUAAUGUUUAAACUGCAGACAGCAAUAACAGUGAAAAUAUACUUACUACUUGCCUCUCAACUAUAUGAGAGAUGUGCAUGUGAAGUUUGAAAAUUAGAGAGUGAUUAGAAGUGUUCCUGUGCAUGGGGUCUUUCAGGUACACUUUUUGCAGUGAUAUGGAGUAAAAAUGAAAUUGAAAAAAAUCCCUGGGGGUAAAAUUUUCUUAUUGGUACCACAGAUGGAAUAUGAGUUUCGAUGCGUUGCGCACCCCUCUAAAUUUAUGACCCCUGGUUUACAAUAGAGGAGUGAGGUUAUUCACUAGCUACUCGGGAUUUAGCCUCACACUUACUACUGUACAUUCCCCGACCGGGCCGGACGAUAAACUUACUUCACGUUCGUACGUACGUACUCGUACUGUGUGGGCAAACAUCACCGGAUCACCCUACGUACCGUACGGUACCCCGAAACUUCAUAUUUUGGUCGCAUCAAAACCAUCAGAAAUUGGAAAUUUUGAACUUCAUGCUUUUACAUGAAAUGUACGUACGUUCUCGUAAUCGUAGUACACAAGCAGUAACCAAUCUCUUUCGAAACAAGAGGUUGCGAACGGCUCUGCCCACAUACCACAAGCACACGCUUGGAUAGGAGAGAGAAUNGGAUUUUUUUCAAUUUCAUUUUUACUGCAUAAUACUAGUAAAUCUACCCAACCUUUAAGCAGUAACAACAUUAUCAAAAAUCCUACCAUUGAAAUUUUUGAGUACUUUGUAUAACUCAGUUUUUCAUGAGGAUUCUGAAUAUGCCAAUAUUUUCAGUGUCAAAUGGAAUGAUAGUGUAGUACCUUUCCACUGUUAAAUAUUGACUAGAUUAUUAGUAGAAAUUACUACUGGGGAAUUAGUGGGAGAAACGAAUGAAGGACAGACAGUUUGAAUUUUUGCUAAGACUAGACUGGUGGGACUGACUGGACAAAGGACAGAUUAUUUCCACUGUAAAUACAGUACUAGUAGUCUGUACUAGCCUGUUACUAUCACCAGCCCUGUGUCAGCACCCUAAUGUUUAAACUGAAGACAGCAAUAACAGUGAAAAUUGCCUCUCAACUAUGUGAGAGAUGUGCAUGUGAAGUUUGAAAAUUAGAGAGUGAUUAGAAGUGUUCCUGUGCAUGGGGUCUUUCAGGUAGUACACUUUUUGCAGUGAUAUGGAGUAAAAAUGAAAUGGAAAAAAAUCCCUGGGGGUAAAAUUUUCUUAUUGGUACCACAGAUGGAAUAAGAGUUUCGAUGCCUUGCGCACCCCUCUAAAUUUAUGACCCCUAGGUACGACCACGUAAUCGUUCAAUAAAAAUAUGGAUUCGCCCCCAAAGUGACCUGAGCCGCCGACCACUCAACGACAUAAUUGUUGAUUCGAGAUUUUAGGUAAACCUGUGAAGCACGUUGCUUGCUCCCGGAACAUUCUCGGCUUCUACAUUCCAAGGUACGAGUAGAUACCUUACGGUACGGCACUCUUAUGCGAUCUCGGCGACCAAAACAGGAUGUAUUGUUCCCAGCUCCGUGUUUCUUACAACCAAUUUCCCGCAUCAUUUACAAACCGAAAAAAAGUUCCAUCUGAGAUCACACGAGGAAAGGGGCAAAAAGAAUAUGGCAAAAAGUGAUAAGAAGACAGCAGGCACUGCGAGUGAAGGUUCAAAGAAACGGAAGAGUCACAGCGGCGAUAGUGCUGACAGCAACAAAAGCAAAUCUGGCGGUGGCAUUGACGAAUUUGACAAACUCUUUUCCGACAAGAAAAAGCAAGACCAACAGACCAAAAAGGAAGACGCAAAGAAAGAAGCAUCUCGAAUUGCCGCUAAGAAAGCGAGGUAUAAAAACGGCGGUAGUGCUUCGUCUUCCCUUAAAGGAAAACAUAUUAGCGAACUAGGCAGCAAAGAGUGGGUCGAUGAUGGUUUGGGCGGAAAAUAUAAUAAGGAAGGCUACACAGGUCGGGUAGAAGAUGGUGUCAAAGUCUUCAAACGUCAUCUUUUGAACAAACCUACAGCUGGGACAACGAAAGAUUGUCCCUUCGAUUGCGAUUGUUGCUUUAUAUGACACAUUUCACAUGUUUUUGCCAAAAUCAUUGCGAUUCAAUUAGAUUCGAUCUCUUUUGUUAUAGUAUAAUGUAAGUAAUCAUUUACAUAUUUGAUAAAAAUUGUAUACUUUU